AUGCAGGUCACUUUCGGCGUGCGAAUACUGCUGCCUCUGUUAGUGGUAUUUCUCAGCAGUCCUCGUCUAUGUGAUGCAUAUUCUUCUGGGAGAGGCCCCAACGUUUGCGGCACCUUUUAUGGAUUGACGCUCUGCUGCAAGGGAUGGACUAAAAGCCUCGACGGUCUCUGCACCACAGCCAUUUGUGAUGGAAACUGCGGAGAACGGGGCAGUUGUAUUGCGCCCAACCAGUGCAGAUGCGAGGAUGGCCGAGUACAGGACGACUGCUUGAUGGAGGACGACAACGGCUAUCUGGCUGAUGAACCGGUCCGAUGUCCAUCAAACUGCAACAACCAGGGCAGAUGCAUCAACGGAAAAUGCGUUUGUGACUUCGGUUUCAAAGGAAGCGCAUGUGAUGAGGAGGAGGUAGGGCCCUGUUUCAUUCAGACAGAGCGAGGCGUCUGUAAGAACAAGGUGACAGGUCCUGGAAACGAGACCGCAAUGAUGACACGGAAUGCCUGCUGCGGAAGCAUUGGCGUGGCGUGGGGUGGGCUGUGCCAACGUUGCAGCGCUCAGAGCUCCUACUGCGGCAAGGGCUACAUACGCCUGAACCACCAGUGUGUCGAUACAAAUGAAUGCGAAAUUCCAAACGUGUGUAUGGGCGGCAUUUGUCGCAACACCGACGGUUCAUUUGAGUGCGAUUGUCCUUAUGGAUAUGUCUACGAUAAGAACACGGUACAAUGUCGACCCAUUUUAGACGGGUGCCAGAAGAAUCCGAAGGCGUGUACUCCUGGCGGACGCUGCAUACCUCUGCAUGGCACUGCUUACAUCUGCCAAUGCGAUUCCGGCUACGUUGCUACCGACGGAAAUACACGCUGUCGAAAAGAAGAGGUGGCAUUGAAUUACUGCGAAAUUUUUGAGGGCCGACUCUGCAAAAACGGAGAGUGCCAUCCAACGGCCUCCUCCUAUGAGUGCACUUGCAAUCCAGGAUAUGUGCCGAGCCGAUUCAAGAAGCAGUGUAUCAAGGAAUUCAACGCCUGUACGUUUUAUGGAAACAGCGUUUGUACCAACGGCCAGUGCCUACCGGUCGACCGAAGUUUUCGCUGUAUUUGCAAUCCCGGCUACGUUCUCUCCGGUGACGGAACUGCAUGCCUUGAUAAGUGCCAACAGCUGGGCCCAUCUGUUUGUCAGAAUGGAUUCUGUGUUCCAAGACCCUACGGUGAUUAUGAAUGCCGUUGCCACUACGGUUACCAGCCUUCCCCAGACAGAAAAAGCUGUCUGAUGCAGUUGAACCCUUUUCAAACAUCAAAACGCGAGCCUUUGAGUAGCGGAAACAUCUACCGCGGUUCUUAUCAAGCUGACUGGCCGCAGGAAAACAGGGCUUAUCACAACGUGAAACCCCAGCUAGGUGAGACAAGAUGGCAACCAUCCUCAAGGGUAAAAUACCCAAAUCCCUGUGCGGACAGCACAGUCAGGAGAAAAUGCAUGGGCGGAUUCUGCAUAAACCUCGGUCGUGGGAGCUACGAGUGCAGAUGCUACAAAGGUUAUCGAGCAGUAAAUGGGAAUCAGCAAUGCGUAGCGGAUUACGGAAGAACCAACCUGGCAAAGGAACGCACUUCACCAAUCGCAACACUCCGUUUGCAGAAUUCGUCUUAUGUUUCCCCAUUUAUUUCGCCAAAUCCCAUCCAUUCAAAGUGUCGCAAACUAUCUUCCCCAGCUUUAGUCAUUUGCAUCGCAGAACGCCAGGAUUCCGUGCAUUUAGAAAUGUGGCACUGCUUCCCAUACCCUCUGAGACGCACACACGAACAAACGCACCCACAAUUAUAUCAUUUUCAGCCACCAAGUCGCUGCUGUCUUCUCCUAAUCCCCCAUUUCUGUUUGUAUAGCACGAAGUGGACUCGUGAAUCGAAUCUAUGCAUCCAGUAUGUGCUGCUCACCUUGCCAUCAAGUAUAACUGCUCUUAUACUUCCCAAUUUUAGCCUUAAAUAUUUGGGAUUGCUUGUCUGCUUGAAGGAUUAG